CCAUCUAUCAAUGUUGAGAAGUUUUGUUCACUUUGGACUCCCUGUCUUGCAAAAGAUUUCGAUGAGGUUACGAUUAUAACCUCUUUCGAUAAAUAGUAUACAAUAUCACUGAUAAUUGAUAUCAAAUAUGGCAACAAAAAAGAUCAAUGGAUUAUUUAUGCCUUUUAAUCAGUUAUAUAAACGAAAUGUAUUCAUGGUAGAUGCUAUAACGAGACGCACAUAUGCAACCACUGAUGAAGUUGAUACUCAAGUUACUCAUACUGGUCAGGCAUUUGAAAAAGAUGACUAUCGAUUAGUAAGAUUUUUAAACAGGCCAAAAGAAGUUAAUAAAAAUUGGGCAAUUAAAUUGAUAGAUGAAGUACCACCGUCUCCUAAGAAAGAUAGAAUUGUAGCUUGUGAUGGUGGUGGAGGCCCUCUUGGACAUCCUAAAGUUUAUAUAAAUCUGGAUAAACCAGGCAAUCAUACUUGCGGUUAUUGUGGAUUGCGUUUUUAUAAGGAGAAUCAUUAGAUGUAUAUGUGUAUAUGAGUAGUAUUAUAUUAAUUGUU